AUGAGUUAAGCUUUAGAACAAAAUAUUAUUGGGGUUUAUUCACCAUAAUAAUCAAAUAUUUUAAGCAGUUAAAAUGACAAUUAGUGGACUCCCCUUUAGAUCAGAGCAGUAACAGAUUUAGAUUUAGUAUAUGUUUCAUGUGGGUUCAGAGGAAUUAACAUAAUCAACAAAGAAGGCAGCCAAAUACUCUAUUCAUAGAACUUUAAUAAUGAGUAUAUUUAAUCAUUUGAAUCUACUUCGGAUGGGUAGUAUAUUUUUAUAGGAAUAUCAUAAUUUCUAUUUGUAUACCAUUUAUAAUUUAAUAGUUUAUCUUAAUCCCAUUUAGAAAUGUAGAACUUUUAUUUGGUAUAAAAUAUAACUUUUCAGACAGAUCUUUUGAACACUAAUUACAAUUAACAAAGUGAACUGCUUGCAGUAGCUGUAUAAACAGGAAAUGUUUUCCUCUAUAACACUACAUUUAAGAACCAAUUUCAAUUAUUAUCAAAAUUUAGCACAGGCUCCAAUUUGAUAAAUAGCUUAUUUAUUUCACAAGAUGGAAAUUGGCUUUAUAUAGCAAGUGAUGUUAAGGGUGUAUUUAUGAUGAGUAUAAAAAAAUAAUAAUUAUAUGAAGAUAAUAAUAAUGCAAAUGAUACUUCAGAGAAAUUAAUAGUUGCUGCUCAUGGAACUUUGGGAUUAAGGGCAUAUUAAGUUAUUGGAUCAAAAGAUAAUCACUAUAUUUAUGCUUUUGAUUUCUGGUAUGGAUUUUUUUACACAAAUGUAGAAGAAGUAAUUAAAAAUUAGGAAAAUUAAUACCCAAUUUAAUUAUCUUUUAUUUCCUAUUGGCCUUUUUAAGACAUACAAAGAGCUUGCUAAACUAUUCUUAUUAAUCAAGACGAAAGUCUACUUUUUAUAGGAGUAAGAGAGUAUGGUAUAAUAAUAUUAGAUAUAAGAAAUAGGACAUAAAUUUAAGUUUUUGAAUUUAUAAGGCUAGACUCUCUCAUUUUUUCAAUAGCACUUUCAAAAUAGGAAGAUUUUUUAUACGUGACAACUUCAGACACUAUGUUAACCUAUACAAACGAUAAGCCUAACUUAAAUUAAGAUCUCCCUAAUUUAUUUAACACUCAUUAAAUAAAAUAUUAAGACUUUCUAAAUUCGAUAUUAAAAUGGAGAUGUUAUGUGGAUGUUACUAAUUAAUACUUAGUAGGUUCAUUUGACUUCGGUGGAUUAUAUGUUUUUCCAUUUUAUAAUGAUCCUUACAAGUUUGAUGUCAACAAUUAUGUAUUCUAUGAUAUUUAAGAUGACAGUGUAUACUUUGAUAAGGGAAAUAAGUAUUUAGUUAUUCCAAGAUAUUUUUCAGAAUAGAACAUCGGAAUUUAUUAAUACGCACCUCUAGAUAAUAGAACUGAUUAGUAAAAUAUUUCUUUAACCAAUAUGUAACUAAUAAAAGACUAUAGCGUUAGCGAGCUUGAAUUAUCAGAAAUGAUAGUUUUUAGUUUCGAUGCUAGGUAUGCUGUGUAAACAUAUAGUGUAGGUUUAAUUAUUUAUGACUCAAUUGACAUCUUUAAUAUAAAAGUUCUAUCAAGAUGGAAUAAUUUAGACUUUAUGAUUGGAGAAAAUCAAGGUGUUUGUUUCACAAAAGAUAAUAAAUGGAUAUACAGUACAAUUAGACUUUUUGGAGUAUAUCUUUUAAAUGUUGAAGAUAAAACUAAUCCUAUUCUUACUGACUAUAUUAGAACAAAUGGUGGAGAAAAUGUUAAAAUAUCUCCUUCAUCAAAUUUUAUUUACUUACUUGAUGGAGUGAAAGGAUUUGCAAUAAUAGAUGCUAAUUAUGCUCCUAAAUUGUAAAUAAUCUCCAGAAUAAAAUUAAGUGGAUACACAAUAGAUAUGUUAUUGCUACAAGAGGAAAAAUAUGUCUUAAUAACUUAAAGUUAUAGAGGAUUUCUAACUCUCAUUGAUAUAAAUGAUAAAAAAUAUCCAUAAAUAGUUUAUACUAUCAAUUAUGGUAAUUAAUUCAGCAUGGCUUUAUGCCUUACCCAAACAGCUUAGCAUCUAUUUGUAUCAACUAAUGGAGGAAUGCUUGUACUUCCUACAUCUAGUUAAGUGUAAAUACAUACAAAAGUAAACUUGAUUGAUUUAAAUAUUCAAACUGGAUAAAAACAAAUUAUAAAACUUGAAAAAAUAACUUAAGAAUUUAAUAAAUAUGGUCUUAAUCUUUAUCAAGAGUAUUUAUUUUCUGUUGGUCAAAAUAUUUAGUUUGAUUUUGCAAUACUCUAUCCUAUAGAUUCAAAUAUGUAAAUUACAAGAAUAUUUUAAUAUAUUAAUGGAUAAAGUCAAUAAAUCCCAAGUUUCUUUUAAUUUAACUAAUUUUAACAAUCUGUUAUAUUUAAUGUUGAUAAGAGCUUAAUUAAUUUCAAUUCAGCUAAACCCAACUUAAAUAUUUUGCUUAUAAAAACAGUAAUUCCUUUAAAUUUAAAUUCUUUUGUAUUUAAACCUGAAGAGCUAGAUGGUAAAUAUGCAACUAAUACAACUUAAUCUUAAUUGAUUUACCAAUAUCUUUGUGAUAAGAACAUAAUAAUCAAUGGUAUUCUUAAUGAUUUAUACAAUUUUCCCCCAAUCAAUUUAGAGUCUUAAUUUUAGACUGAAUUACUUGAUCCAUCAAUUAUACCUGAAAAUAAUUAUUAGUAAAUUAUUUCUAAAAUUACUGAGAGAAUUUAAUUAACAUUAAUGAAAUCUUUUUACAUUAACUCAAUUAAGUUUUAUGUUCAAACCUCAUUAUUUUUUGAUAAUUAAAAUUCAAUUUAAUUUAUACAAACUAAUUCUUAAAAUACAAUUUUAAUAACCUUGUCUAUUUAGACUAGUGAUGGAAAAUUAAUCUUCAAAUCAAAAUCAAAUAUAGCUUUUUAGUUAUCAGAAAAAUAAGAUUAAUUAGCAAUCUCUGGAAAUUUAGAGAUCAUCAAUAAGGUGUUGCAUAAUAAAAUAAUAUUCGCUAAUAAUACAUAAAUUACUGCAUAAAUAUCUCCAAAUAUAACAUUAACUAUCCAAGACAAUUUAAAUUAUCCUCUUACUGAAUAGCUAAGCAUUUAUGAUAGUUAGUUUAUUAUUAUAAAGGAAUAAUUGAAAAUUAGCAGUGAUAAUAAUCUACAAAAUUAGUUUAACUAUAAAUUUUAAGGAGGUAUUGUUGAUAUUGAAUCUGACAUAACCUUCUCAUUUAAAUAAAACACAUUUAUAGUCUCUGACGUUUAAGAUUUAACUUAUUAAUUUCUUUAUCUUUAAUCCCCAAAUUAAUAUAUUUAAAUUCCAUCUAAUUUUUGGUUAUUACAAAUAAGUAGUAACUAAUUACUAUUUAAAGGCUCAACAACACAGAGUAUGUAUUAAAAAUCUUACACAUUUAAAAUAAUUGCCUCUGAUGGAUACACUAAAGCUGAAGAUACUUUUACUAUAAAAGUUAGCGGAAUCCCUUUAUCUUAUAUUUUGAAUUUAUUGCUUGAGAUUUUUGGCCCUAUUAUUUUCUUUCUUAGCCUUUUUCGAAAGAGAAAUAUUUUUUUAAAUGUUAUUUUUGAAAAGACAGUAACUUUUUCUUAAGAAAUAGCUAUUAUCGAUGAGUUUUAUCUUAAAAAAAUAAUUAUACUAGGUGAUAUUUAAAAAUAAUCUAAAGAUAUUUUAAGCCAAUUGUUUAAUUAAAUUUUAAACUUAAAAAUUGAAGAGAUAAAUAAGAAUUAAAAAUAGGAUACAGAAACUAAAAAUAAAAAAAAUAGUUUUCAUUUAUCCUAUGAAGAUGUUUUUAACAAUUUACAAAAUUAGGAUGAUUUAUAGAAGUAAAGCUUUAUCCUUUUGCCUAAUCAAAAUAAUUAAUAUCCAUAAAAUUUUGCAAAAUUAAUUCAAAAUUUAAAGAAGCUGAAAGUUCAUAGUGCUCAUUCUACUUUAGAAAAAAGAUAUAUGGAUCAAAAAGGAAACAUUCUUAUGUCUGUUGUGAUCAAAGACAUAUUAAAAUAUAAAAUAUGUGAAACUAAUAAAUUAGUGGACUUUUAACAAGACAUUAAGAACACUGAUUCGAAAAUAUAUAGAGCAAUCAGAGCUUAGAUAGCUAGAUAUUUUUUAAUAUUGGAUUAAAGAUCAUUCAUGCUUUAUAAGUAUAUAAAAUAAAUUUGCAUAAAAACUCAAGGUUGUUAAAAUGACUGGUUUAAAGCAAUAGUUAAUUUAUAUUUUUAUGAUGAUAAACAAGAAAAUUAAAAUGAAAAUAAUUAUCUUUAAAGAAACAUGACAACUUUCCCAUAGUUAAAACUAAAAUAUGGAGUAUUAUUACAAAUUUUUUAAAUAUUUGAGUUGAUUCCAUAACAAUUUAAAGAACAAACAGAUACUUUUGAUUAAUUUUUUUAGAUAUGCUAAAAUUAUAUAACUUAAAUCAAUAUAUAUCUGAUAAGAGAAGUUUUAUUUGCAGAUGCAUUAGGAUUUUCUACUGAAGAACCUUCAAAGUUUAGAGUAGCAAUAGGUUAAUCGCUGCACAUAGACUAAUAAAAUAUUAAACAAAUUAUAGCACUCAAAAAAAAGAAAAUAAGUAAAUGGCUUAGACCACUUUUUAAAUUUUUAAAUAUAGAAUACUCAUAACAUGAAAUAUAUAAAAACAUGAGAUUACCUUCUUGGCUUAACUUAGAUUAAAAAAAUGGAGUUAUUAUUUUAUAUGGAACACCUCAACUAGAUGAUAUUGAUGAAUAUCUUAUAAGAAUUUAAGAUAACACAGGAUAUGUGAUUCAAUAAUUUUUAUUAAAAGUUAUCCAAAAUCUAAAUAAAAAAAAUAGUUAGAAUGACAUUGAUAAGAUAUAUGGAAUGACUGAUGAGAUUUAAUUUAAAAAUAAAUUACCUUAACUGUAAAAUAGAUAUUUUAAUGACACAUAAAAUCAGCAUUUAAAAAGAAAUUCUUUUAUGAUGAGGUUAUAAAGAAAAAGUUUCCUAAAAAAUAAUUAGCCAUUUAUCCUAGAACUCAGUUAAAUUCCUUAUAAAAAGCCUCAAAAAAGUUAUAUUAAUAAAUUUAAAAGUCGUAAUAACUCUAUAAAUAGUUAAGAAGAUGUCAAUUCUCAAUAAAUUUCAUAGCAUGAUGAUAGGACUUUGUUAAGCAAACUUAAUGAUAUCUAAACUUCUAAUUUAAAUACAACUGAAUAAUUUUUUGUCACAAAUUAAUGA